GCUGCGUCUGUCACCCGGCGCUCAGGUCAAGGUCAUCCUGGAACGGGCUUCCGGCUCGGGCCACAGCCAGACCAGCCGCGCGGGUCAGUCCUCCGGCUCGAGCCACAGCCGUGCAGCUCAUUCCUCCGGCUUGGGCGGCGUCGCCGCUGGCAUCGCCACGGCCUCCAGCAGCCGCAACUCCUCGGGCACAGCCAAGAAGCGUCGCCUCAAUGACAAUGACAGCGAGACCUCCAGCAUCGCAGGGGCCACUGUGACCAAGACUCGCAUUAGUCAGCACGCCUCAGCCAGCGGCCGCAUCACCGUGGAUGAGAUUGACCUGGAGGGCAAGUUCAUCCGCCUCAGCAACAAGGCUGACGAGGAUCAAUCUCUGGGCAGCUGGCAGGUGAAGAGACAAGUCGGCAAUGCCAGCCCCAUCGUCUACAAGUUUCCCCACAAGUUCAUUCUGAAGGCCGGAGGAACCGUCACCAUCUGGGCUGCAGGUGGAGGUGGAACCCACAAUCCCCCCACUGACCUGGUGUGGAAGAACCAGAACUCCUGGGGCACCGGCGACCUCCUGCAGACCUCCCUCAUCAGCGCCAACGGAGAG